AUGAUUCUAUUUGUUUGCACAAAUUAUUGAAAAUACGACAUAGGAAUUAUUCUUAACAUUCAGAAAAGAAUCACAAAUGUGAUUCCAUGUAAUAACGGGCUAGAAAUGAUUGAAAACUCCAUGCUUCUUAUUUCCCCACAUUUCUUUAUUACAUCACCAUCUUUCACAAGCAAUAGCUAUUUAAGAUUUUGUGGGCAUUCAACGGUAUUUAAUAAGGUAGUAUUGGUAUUUUUAAAGCAAUGUGAUUUUUAUAGCUAUAAUGAUGUUUAA